AUGGAAAUGACAAUGGUGAAAAGUGACGAAAACCAAGUGAGGCACCGCUCAUACAUGCCAGUAGAGAGUGAAGUUCAGGCUGCGCGAUGUGUGAAACGAAGGCGAAGAGAUCAUGCCGUUGCAGCUUCAGUCGGGUAUAAUGAAACUAACCAACUUGUGCAGCCAAAUGAUCAGCAAUCUGGAACUGCAGCCACCACUGUGAAAAGAAGUUCAAAGUUUCGCGGCGUCAGCAAGCAUCGCUGGACUGGCCGGUAUGAAGCUCAUUUGUGGGAUAAGCUUUCCUGGAAUGUCACUCAGAAGAAGAAAGGGAAACAAGUUUACCUUGGUGCUUAUGAUGAAGAAGAAGCUGCUGCAAGAGCAUAUGAUUUAGCUGCAGUUAAGUAUUGGGGCACAUCAACUUUCACCAAUUUUCCGAUAUCAGAUUAUGAGAAGGAAAUUGAGAUCAUGCAAACUGUUACCAAAGAGGAGUACUUGGCCUCUUUAAGAAGAAAGAGCAGUGGCUUCUCAAGAGGUGUAUCAAAAUAUCGAGGUGUUGCAAGGCACCAUCACAAUGGGAGAUGGGAAGCAAGAAUAGGGAGAGUUUUCGGAAACAAGUACCUUUACCUUGGCACUUACACUACUCAAGAAGAGGCAGCACGUGCAUACGACAUUGCAGCAAUUGAGUACAGAGGGAUCAAUGCUGUAACCAAUUUUGAUCUGAGUAAUUACAUCAGAUGGCUAAAACCUGGAACAAACAUGCUGGCUGGACCUGUUCAUGAGCUGCACAAUAUCACAGAACCACAACCAGUUCCAUCACCAACCAGUUUCUCACUUCUCAACUCCAAUCCAUUCACAGCAGAUUACUUCAACUCCCCAUUAAAGCAAGAAAACUGCACGUUCCAAACCAAAGCUUCUUUCAGCUCAUCAUCAGGCAACAAGUCUUCAAACCCAACUGCACUAGGCCUCCUCCUGAGAUCUUCCAUAUUCAGAGACUUGGUGCAGAAGAACUCAAGCCUGUCUUCAGAAGAUCAGGAUUCUGAUGGGGAUGAACAUGAAACGAAGAACCCACAAGCAGGAUCAGGCAGUGAUGAUGAUGAGUUUGGUGGGACAAUUAUUGAUGAAAUUGGAGACUUCCCUUUCAUUUAUUCUGCCUUGUAAAAUUCUCCUGUAAAAAGCUCAA